AUGGUGCCCCCCGCGCUGCUGCUGCUGCCGCCGCUGCUGCUGCUGCUGCCGCUGCCCGGCGCGGAGAGCGGCGGCGGCGGCGCCAGCGCCAGGCAGGAAGAAAACCUGCUCGUCCUUACUGUUGCCACCAAGCAAACUGAGGGCUUCAGACGUUUCAGAAGAUCAGCCCAGUUCUUCAACUACAAAGUCCAGGUGCUGGGAUUGGAUGAGAAAUGGCAGGGUGGAGAUGAUAAGACACCAGCAGGAGGUGGUCAGAAGGUCCGUCUCUUGAAAUCAGCUUUAAAGGAGUAUGCAGACAAGGAAGACUUAAUCAUCCUUUUCGUAGAAAGCUAUGAUGUGCUCUUUGCAUCAGGCCCUGCGGAGCUACUGAAGAAGUUCAAACAAGCCAAGAGCAAAGUUGUUUUUUCAGCAGAGAAUUACAUCUAUCCUGACAGAAAGUUGGAAGCCAAGUACCCUCAGGUGCGAGAUGGAAAGCGCUUCCUGGGCUCUGGAGGCUUCAUUGGCUAUGCUCCAAACCUGAACAAACUUGUGGAAGGGUGGAAGGGAGAAGAUGAUGACAGUGACCAACUCUUUUAUACAACUAUCUUUUUGGAUCCAGAAAAACGGGAAAGUAUCAACAUCAGUUUAGACCACAGAAGCCGAAUCUUCCAGAACCUGAAUGGAGCUUUAGAUGAGGUGGUUCUGAAGUUUGAAAAUGCACGAGUGAGAGCAAGAAACUUGCUAUAUGACACACUGCCUGUGGUAAUUCAUGGAAAUGGACCCACCAAGCUGCAGCUAAACUACCUGGGAAACUACAUUCCUCAAAUAUGGACAUUUGAGACCGGUUGCACUGUAUGUGAUGAAGGCCUGCGAAGCCUUACAGGGUUUAAGGAUCAUGCGAUGCCACUGAUUCUGAUUGGCAUUUUCAUUGAGCAACCCACUCCAUUCCUCUCCCAGUUCUUCUUGCGGCUUCGUAACCUCCAUUAUCCAAAACAAAGGAUCCAGCUCUUCAUUCACAACCAUGAACAGCAUCAUUUGACAGAAGUGGACUCAUUUAUUGAGAAGCACGGCAAAGAAUAUCUUGCCAUCAAAGUAAUUGGGCCGGAUGAUGAGGUGGAGAAUGCUGAAGCACGUAACUUGGGCAUGGAUUUGUGCAGAAAGGAUCCUGACUGUGACUAUUACUUUAGUUUGGAUGCUGACAUAGUUCUGAAGAACACGGAGACUCUAAGGAUCCUGAUUGAACAGAACAAGCUGGUGAUUGCCCCACUGGUAAGUCGGCAUGAGAAGUUGUGGUCAAAUUUCUGGGCAGCUCUGAGUCCUGAUGGGUACUAUGCACGCUCGGAAGAUUAUGUGGAUAUUGUUCAAAGGCGGAGGGUUGGGCUUUGGAAUGUUCCCUAUAUAAGUGGAGUUUACAUGGUUAAAGCCACUGCCCUGCGAUCACAGCUUGACCAGAGAGAUAUCUUCCGCAGUGGAAAACUGGAUGCUGACAUGGCUUUCUGCCAUAAUGUUCGGAAUCAGGGAGUCUUCAUGUACCUGACAAAUCGGCAUCAGUUUGGACACAUCCUCUCUCUGGAGAAUUAUCAGACAACUCAUCUCCACAAUGACCUCUGGCAAAUAUUCAGCAAUCCUGAGGAUUGGAGAGAAAAAUACAUCCACGAAAACUACACUGCAGCUCUGAAAGGGAAAUUGGUAGAAGUGCCCUGCCCAGAUGUUUACUGGUUCCCCAUAUUCACUGAGGCUGCAUGUGAUGAGCUGGUGGAAGAAAUGGAACAUUAUGGCCAGUGGUCCACAGGUGAUAAUACGGACAGCAGGAUACAAGGGGGAUAUGAAAAUGUCCCAACUAUUGACAUCCACAUGAAUCAAAUUGGCUUUGAAAGAGAGUGGUAUAAGUUUCUUCUGGACUAUAUUGCACCCAUCACAGAGAAAAUGUAUCCAGGAUACUACACCAAGACUCAGUUUGAGCUGGCUUUUGUAGUUCGCUACAAACCUGAUGAGCAGCCCUCUCUAGUGCCUCAUCAUGAUGCUUCCACCUUUACCAUUAACAUUGCUCUGAACCGAGUUGGAAUAGACUAUGAGGGAGGAGGCUGCCGAUUCCUGCGCUACAAUUGCUCCAUUCGAGCUCCGCGGAAAGGCUGGACCCUCAUGCAUCCAGGACGCCUGACCCACUAUCAUGAAGGCCUUCCAACCACCAAAGGGACCCGUUACAUCGCAGUGUCCUUUAUUGACCCCUAGAGCCAUGCUUCACAAGAAGGAUCUUUCCCUGGCCCCACUCACUGCUGACUUUGAGUGGAAAAAGGGAAUGCUGCUGAGAGUCUCCAAGACAUUGAUCAAAGCUAUUUGGAUAUUGAUUUUUUUUAAAUAAUAUUUUAAGACUCCACUACUGGAAGAUCUCCCUCUCUGAUACUGCAGGUAAUAUCUAGAAACGUUGCUGUAGAAGUUGGAAGGAGAUUUUGUGCCUUCGUUUCUGAUUUUGCUCCUCAUCCACCGUUUCUUGGACACUUGCAAUUUACUUGAAACUUCACUGCUCGGUUGGCUUUACAGAAAUGCCUUCUUGGACUGGAAAUCCAUGCCUUUUUGGAGGCAUGUCACAAGCUCUCUCUCCAAGCAGCUGGAAGCGCAUUUCCAUCCGCUGCAUACACAGGAAUGGACAGUAUAGAAUAACUUCUGGACACUAUUCCAAAUAUCAAAUCAAUCAGGGAGCUGGCUCCAGGAGUCAUAACUCCUGUAACAGUUAAAUGUAAUACUAGGUGAAACUCAGUAGUAAGAGUCUGAAGUUCAUCUAAUUUCUUACCUCUUUGCAUUCAUUGGAAAUGUACCAUGAAGUUCGAAGUAGCAGCAGUGGUAAUCUAGGUGCUUUGUGUUAGCUAAAGAAAAGUAGGCUUAUUAUACUUUACCUCUGGAAUUAAGCUGAUGAGAGGGAAAAAAAAUGGACUACCUGUCAUUCCCUGUGAGACAGGAGCAUGUAUACCCAGACAAAAUCAGUUCAGGUCAGUAUGUAUACAUAAAAUCUAAGAAAGGGAAGGCUGAGAACAACUAGAUCUGCCAGGAAGGCUUUACUGCAGAAUCUGCUCAGCUCUAUCCCAUGUUAAGUUUGUCAGAAGCUCUAUUUAUCUGAUAACAAUCUGGAGACCCCAGUGGUUUUGAUGACUUCAUUCCAGUUUUUAGUGAUUGUUCUGAUAAUUUUCUUUGCAUGUAACUUGAGUGAGCCAUCACUGCGAAACAACUUAGAUUGAUUUUUCAGUAUUCCCAUUAUUUGAAAUUCCCAAAGAAACUACCUGCUGUCGACGCCUGUAGUGGGGUGAUGCUGAUAGCAGUGUGUGAUUAGAAGGUGCCCUGUGUGUGGCGUGACUAGAGUAGAGCCAUGGAUUACGCAUCUUGGAGGGGGAAUGGGGAAACUUUCGGUGCCAUUGCGCAAGCUCUGCUUAUUAGAAACUUCCUUUUUCUGAGUCUGCCAGAUUUGUGCAUUGCAGAAGCAGUGAAUCAGUCUGAGAAAAUGUUCUCAGAAAAUCAGUUUUUCUCAUCCUCCAUUUCCAUACUUCACCAUCUAAUUCAAGUGUCAGGUGCAGACACUUCAACAGACACAUUAAG